AUGAACAACGUUUCCGGCUUCCUCGUGUUCUUCCUAGUGGUCAUAACCAGGGAGAUAACAUCGUCUGAUCAUUCUCCGUCGGUUAUUCGACUGGCUGUUUUACUGGAAGGAAAUUCUACUCAACAUGAAGAGGACAUUAUUCAACUGGCUGUCAAUCAAAUAAACUCAGACGUAGACAUAUUGCCAGACACGGAAAUUGAUUACGUCAUCAGACGCGUGCCUGAUGGAGAUUCUUUUGCUGCAGUUCGUGAAGUUUGCUCGCUUUUGGAUCUUCAAAUUUCGGCCGUAGUGUCAGCAUCCACUUGUGAUGUCACCUCCGCGUUGAAAUCCGUAUUAGACAACUAUCACAUGACUUACAUCAGCGUAUCACGUGGUCAAUGUCCACGUGCCAGGUUGUCACGAUCCCCACCGAAAGAUGGCGGCUACACGUUCAGCAUCAGGCCUAACAUCUCGCUGGGUAGUAUGGCAAUGCUGCACUUAAUGGAAGCCCUAAACUGGAGCGAAAUAGUCGUAUUCUAUGAUGAUUCAGAAGGUCAGAAGCAAAUCGAGGAUUUGCUGCAAAAUGGCUUUCAAGACUCGUCACCGCCUCGGGUAGUCAUGGUAGCGUUCGAGAACAGUUUUGCAACGAGGCAAAUCUUAGCAUCGGUUAAAGAAAAGAACAUGAAGCACUUCGCUGUAUACUGCCGCAUUGAAAAUGCAGUGCAGAUAUUGCUUCAGGCAGCAUCGUUCGGUAUGACAGUAGGGGACUACCAGUGGGUGAUUAUGGGCCAGGAAACAAGCGAUGCUGAACUGAACUAUUUCGAUGACGUCACCGGUAUUGUAACAUUACUAAGGCAGGUGCUCCAUAUGUAUAGCUCGAUUCCGAAGUUCGCCGAAGCUUGGCGACUUAUUCGCCGACAGUUGUCAAGCGACUGCAACAUUAUAUCGUUUGACCAAAUGCAGGAAAACUGUCCAAGAGACACAAGUAUUGUGAUGCACGCUGCGUAUUUGUAUGAUGCCAUCCACGUGCUGGCGACAGCAAUGGACGAUUUAAUACGCAAAAAUAAGUGGAUCAAGCCACGAAUUAUUGGUUGCCAAGGUGAAGGAGCUAGGGUCGAACCAAUGGGGAAUCAGAGGUUCAAACGAAUAUUACAUAAGAUUAAAACAUCUGGAUUAACGGGAGAUAUAUCCUUCCAGAAUUCGUGUUAUAAUGACAAUGUGGGUUUCGAACUGAUGAGUAUUGAACAUAUAAACAACGAGAGUCGAUGUUGGCGUAUUGGAUCCUGGGAUCCCUUCAACAAUCUCAGACUGGCUCAUAUCCCAUUUACGAGGAAUUUCGAUAGAUAUAACAAAAACCAGACACUGCGAAUAGUGACAAUAAAGGAAUCUCCUUUCAUGAUGCAAGGCGAGUCACAUGACGCAGCAUAUAUGGGCUACUGUAUGGAUCUAAUCAAUGAAAUUGCCAAGGGUCUGAAAGUUAAAGUAUCAAUAUAUGAUGUGCCGGAUGGUAAAUACGGUGGGCAAGAAGACGAUGGAACCUGGAAUGGCUUGGUGGGUGAAGUUUACUAUGGGAGAGCUGAUAUUGCUGUGGCUGGGAUGAUAAUUACAUCUGAACGAGAGAGAGUCGUUGACUUCACCAAACCAUUCAUGAGUUAUGGCGUUGGAAUUCUGAUACGCAAACCUCAGAAAACGACGAAUACAUUUGCGUUUCUGCAACCGCUCCGCAUCAGUGUCUGGGGAUGUAUAUUCGCAUCAAUAUUGGCUACCGGUAUCGUGCUGUUCAUACUGGAUCGUCUGAGCCCAUUCAGCAGUCACAACACAAAAGAAGACGCAGAAGAAAAGACAAAAUUUGAUCUGAUGAAUAGUCUAUGGUUCACCUUCUCUGGAUUCAUGCAGCAAGGCGCCGACUACACACCGUUAUCAGUAUCGAGUCGCAUAAUGGGGGCGUUUUGGUGGUUCUGCUCUUUGAUUGUUGUGGCAACUUAUACUGCCAAUUUAGCUGCAUUUCUCACAGUGUCAAGAAUGGACAGUACGAUCAAUUCACUGGAUGACCUAGCACAUCAAAGUCGUGUAAUGUAUGGAACAAUCGAAGAUAGCAGUUUGAUGCGGUGGUUCAGAACUAGGGCCGACAAGGAUCCACUUUAUUCAAGAAUGUGGAGCUUCAUGAGUACCGUUAAACCCAGUGUAUGGGUGACGUCAGCAGAGGAAGGUUACCAGAAAGUCAUGAAAGAAGAUUACGCCUUUUUCUGGGAUGCUCCUAUCUUGGAAUAUGUGAAACAGACAAAUUGUGAUGUAAUGACUGUUGGAAAACCAUUUAAUCUGAAAGGUUAUGGUAUUGCCACACCCAGAGGAGCGCCUUACAGAGAAGACAUAUCAGUCAUACUACUGAACAUGCAGGAGCAGGGAAAAUUAGAAGAACUGAAACGGAAAUGGUUCAACAAAGAGAGCAUGUGUUCGUUGGAUACCUCAACGGGUCAACCCAGAGAUAUCCAGUUAGAAACUGUAGCUGGCGUGUUCUAUGUCCUUGCUAUUGGCACAGCUUUUUCGUACAUUACUUUAUUUGUGGAGAUCAUAUGGAGAUUGUACAGGAAAUACGUAAAGCAGUUGGAAUCUCAAAAUUCAACGGAGCACGAGUUGACAGACUUUGAGCCAAAGCCAUAG